AUGUCUCUCCAACGUCUCGGUCUUGCUGCCUGCGCUCUGUUCCUUGGUGCCAGAGCGAUCGACACCAUUACUGUCCCGGGUGUCAUCACCGCCGAUGUUCCUUUCACACUCACCGUUACUCCCAAGGACGAUACUCCAGGAAACUACAGAAUCUACCUUGAUACCACACCUCCCGGCUAUGCCGGUGGUCAAUCAUGUAUGUUCGAAAAGUCUUACAAGCAUAUACGCCGUCAGAUUGACCCGAUUAGGCNNUACCUCAAGAACAUGACCUCGACCGACAUAACCGCAGUCAACCUGACCAUUCCCGCUAACUUUGGUCCCAAUGGCGACUUCUACUCCAUCUCCACUCGCGAUCUUGCCGAUUCGGAUACUGAUGCUAGCUACGUCUUCAGCAACGCCUUCAACCUCACUGGCGCAAGCGGAAACUACUCGGAGUAUGAGAACAAGUUGAACGGCGCUCCUCUCUGGGAUGCCAACAGCCUUCCCUGCAGCGCCUACGACUGCGCGCGUAACUGUGCUCAAGACUCUUACCCUAAGGACAUGAUCCCUGGCUCUGACGCUUUCAACACUAUGCGUGCUUGCAUCAUGAAGUGUCCUGGUGUGGAGAAGGAAACAAAGACUUCUUCGGCAACCUCUAGCACUGCUACUAGCACCAAAUCUGGCUCUGCCUCGUCUGCUUCCGCUACCGGUACUUCCAUAUCUGAUGAUGCUUCGUCUACUUCUGGAAACUCUGCCGCUGCUACUUCCUCCGGCGCUGCUGUUUCGAACAUGGUUCCUGCUUCCUUUGUCGCUGUUGGAGGAUUUGUUGCCUUCUUCCUGUAA